CUGUGCCCCCGGGUUCCGGGGUGACCCCACGGUGCGUGGGCAGGGCUGUGUCCCCGCGGGCCCCCCGCCCGCGCUGGCCGUGCGGGUGCACCCCCCGCGCACGGCGGUGCCAAGGGGCAGCGCGGUCACCCUGCGGUGCCAGGCCAGCGGGGAGCCCCCCCUCUACUACCACUGGGGCCGGGAGGACGGCAGAGCCCUCCCCGAGGGCGCCCAGAGCCGCCGGCAAGGCGAGGAGCUGCACUUCCCCAGCAUCCAGCCCUCGGAGGCCGGAGUCUACGUGUGCUCCUGCCGCAACCUCCGGCACAGCAACGCCAGCCGCGCCGAGGUCAUCGUCACCGAGACCCCCGACAAGCCCAUCACUGUCACCGUGGAGGAGAAGCGGGUGCAGCGGGUGCAGCCGGGCGCCGACGUCACCUUCGUCUGCACCGCCAAGAGCAAGUCUCCCGCCUACACCCUGGUGUGGACGCGGCAGAACCACGGGACGCUGCCCGCGGGCGCCGUCGACUUCAACGGGAUCCUGACGCUGCGCGGGGUGCGGCCCCAGGACGCCGGGGUCUACGUGUGCACCGGCUCCAACAUGCUGGACAUGGACCAGGGCACUGCCACACUCUACGUCCAGGCAGCCUCGAAGACUCAGAUGUUUUACGGCCCCGUUGAGUUCAUGGAGGGGCACAGACCGGCCGGCACCGCCACCGCCCCCACCGCCAGCGUGGAGCCGGCGCAGCUGAGCGUGGCACCGGGGCAGCCGGCGGAGUUCCGCUGCGUGGGCACCGGCAGCCCCGCGCCCACCCUCGAGUGGCUCGGAGCGCUGCCGCCACAGGCCGUGGUGCAGGGCGGGACGCUGCGGUUCGGCGCCGUGGAACCCGCCGACGAGGGGCACUACGAGUGCCGGGCACGCAGCAGCACCGGGCAGCACACGGCACGGGGGUACCUGCACGUGCAAGCCGCCGGCACUCCCCAGGUGCAGGUGAGCCCGGAGCGGACGGAGGUGCAGGAGGGCUCCACGGUGCGGCUCUACUGCCGGGUCUCGGGGUCCCCCACGGCCACCAUCACCUGGGAGAAGCAGGGGGGCACCCUGCCACCUCAGUCGCGCGCCGAGCACGGUGACAUCGCCACGCUGGUCAUCCCUUCCGUGACGGCAGCCGACGGCGGCGUCUACCUCUGCGUGGGCACCAGCGCUGCCGGCACGGCCCGCGCCGCCAUCGAGGUGGCCGUGGUACCAGGGACGGCGCCACCCGUCCGCAUCGAGUCCUCGUCCCCAUCCGUCACCGAGGGGCAGACCCUGGACCUGGACUGUGUGGUGGCAGGGCCCGGCUCUGCCACCGUGGUGUGGUACAAGCGCGGGGGCUCCCUGCCCGCCGGGCACCAGGUCUCGGGGUCCCGGCUCCGGGUGCCCCACGUCACGGCGGCUGACUCAGGGGAGUACGUGUGCCGGGCCAGCCUGGGCACCACCGUCCGCGAGGCCUCUGUCACCGUCACCGUCGUGGCCGCGGCCGGCUCGUCCUACGGACCCCCAGCUUCGGGUGUCCCUGUGCGGAUCGAGGCGUCCUCAUCCACCGUGGCUGAGGGACAGACCCUGGACCUCAACUGCGUGGUGGCCGGGCAGGGACAGGCCACUGUCACCUGGUACAAGCGCGGGGGGACCCUUCCGGCCAAGCACCAGGUUUCUGGCUCCCGGCUGCGGCUGCUGCAGGUGACGGCGGCCGACUCGGGCGAGUACGUGUGCCGGGUGACCAGCGGGGCCACCACCAGGGAGAGCGCGGUCAUGGUGACCAUCCAGCCCAGCGGGGCCGGCGCCUACCCCCCAGGCAACACCACCCCCCUGCGCAUCGACUCCCCGUCCUCCGCCGUGGUCGAGGGACAGACUCUGGACCUCAACUGUGUCAUCGCCAGUGGCCCUGCCCAGGCCACUGUCACCUGGUACAAGCGCGGGGGGACCCUCCCGGCCAAGCACCAGGUUUCUGGCUCCCGGCUGCGGCUGCUGCAGGUGACGGCGGCCGACUCGGGCGAGUACGUGUGCCGGGUGACCAGCGGGGCCACCACCAGGGAGACCUCCAUCAUGGUGACCAUCCAGCCCAGCGGGGCCGGCGCCUACCCCCCGGGCAGCACGACCCCCCUGCGCAUCGAGUCGUCAUCCCUGUCGUCCCCCGUGACCGAGGGACAGACUCUGGACCUCAACUGUGUCAUCGCCAGCCCCGCCCAGGCCACUGUCACCUGGUACAAGCGCGGGGGGACCCUCCCGGCCAAGCACCAGGUUUCUGGCUCCCGACUGCGGCUGCUGCAGGUGACGGCGGCCGACUCGGGCGAGUACGUGUGCCGGGUGACCAGCGGGGCCACCACCAGGGAGAUCUCCAUCAUGGUGACCAUCCAGCCCAGCGGGGCCGGCACCUACCCUGCUGGUGUCACUCCCCCCGUGCGCAUCGAGUCCUCGUCCUCCUCCGUGGCCGAGGGACAGACCCUGGACCUCAACUGCAUCGUGGCUGGGCAUGGACAGGCCACUGUCACCUGGUACAAGCGUGGGGGGUCCCUCCCGGCCAAGCACCAGGUGUCGGGUACCCGCCUGCGGAUCCCGCAGGUGACAGCGGCCGACUCGGGGGAGUACGUGUGCCGGGUGACAUCGGGCACUGCCACACAUGAGACAUCCCUCAUCGUCACCAUCCAGACCGGCGCCGGCUCCUCUUACGGCGUCGGUGUCACGCCGCCGGUGAGGAUCGAGACUUCGUCUGCUGCCGUCACCGAGGGACAGACCCUGGACCUCAACUGCAUGGUGGCAGGACAGGGUCACCCCCACGUCACCUGGUACCGGCGCGGGGGGGCUCUCCCCCCCAACAGCCAGGUGUCGGGGACCCGCCUGCGCCUUGCCCAGGUGGCAGUGGCAGAUUCAGGGGAGUACGUGUGCCGGGUGACCCUGGGCAGCGUCACACAGGAGGCGUCUGUCAUUGUCACUGUGCCCAGCAGCGCCGGCACCUACUACCCCUCUGGUGUCUCCCAGCCCCUCCACAUCGAGUCCUCAUCCUCGGCUAUCGCUGAGGGACAGACCCUGGACCUCAACUGUGUGGUGGCCGGGUCCGGCCCCACCACCGUGACGUGGUACAAGCGCGGGGGGUCCCUGCCCGCCGGCCACCAGGUGUCGGGCAGCCGCCUGCGCAUCCCCCAGGUGACGGCGGCCGACUCGGGCGAGUACGUGUGCCGGGUGACAUCGGGGGGCGUCACCCAGGAGACGUCCCUCAUCGUCACCAUCGAUGACGGGGCCAACCCAUCCCACUCCUCCGCCAUCACGCCGCCCAUCCGCAUCGAGUCCUCGGCGUCCUCUGUCACCGAGGGGCAGACCCUGGACCUGGACUGCGUGGUGGCCGGGGAGGGACAGGCCACCAUCACCUGGUACAAGCGCGGGGGGUCCCUCCCGGCCAAGCACCAGAUGUCGGGGUCCCGCCUGCGGCUGUCGCAGCUCUCGGUGGCCGACUCGGGGGAGUACGUGUGCCGGGCAGACACGGGCAGUGUCUCCCGCGAGGCCACUGUCACCGUCACCGUCACCUCCCGGGACAGCUCCAGCUACCGCCUGCAGAGCCCCAUCAUCUCCAUCGACCCGCACAGCAUGGCCGUGGCACCGGGGGAAGAUGCCACCUUCAAGUGCCGCAUCCACGACGGCGCCCGGCCCGUCAACGUCACCUGGCGGAUGGGACCUGGCCAGCACUUCCAAGACAACGUGAAGGUCAGCGCUAAUGGCUCGGUCAUCUCCAUCACCGGCGCCCACGUGGGCAACCAGGGCGCCUACCACUGCGUGGCCUCCAACCGCUUCGGCGUCGCCAGCAGCGUCGUCAACCUCGUGGUGCAAGGUGCCCCCACCGUGUCAGUCAUGCCACCAGGCCCCGUGACAGUGAAGGAGGGCAAAUCCCUGAGCCUGGAGUGCCUCGGGCGGGGCGAACCGCGGCCGCUGGUGCGCUGGAGCCGGCUGGGCUCCCGGCAGAAGGUGGAGCACCAGACCCUGCUGCACAUGGACAGCCAGGCCAUCCUGCAGCUCUCGCCGGCCAAGCCGGAGCACGCCGGGACCUACGUGUGCACGGCGCACAGCGCGCUGGGCUCGGCGCAGGCGCGGGUGGACGUGGGCGUGGAGUCGGCGCAGCGGCACCCCGGCGCCCCCGAGGUCACCGCGCCCGCCACCGUCACCGUGGUGGCCGGGGACACGGCCACGCUGCACUGCACUGCCACAGGGGACCCGAUGCCGCGGAUCGAGUGGUCGAAGCUGCGGGCGCCCCUGCCCUGGCAGCACCGCGUGGUCAACGGGACCCUGGUGAUCCCUCGCGCUGCGCAGCAGGACUCAGGCCAGUAUAUCUGCAAUGCCACCAGCCCCGUGGGCUCCACAGAGGUCUUCGUCACCCUGGAUGUGGAGACCGCCCCGUACGCCACGGUGCUGCCGGAGGACGCCGCGGUGCGCGCGGGGGACGCGCUGCAGGUGCAGUGCCUGGCUCACGGCACCCCCCCGCUGCACUACACCUGGGCCAAGGUGAACGGGAGCCUGUCGGGGCGCGUGUCCCACCGCGCCGGCCUCCUGCGCAUCAGCCCCGCCGCCCCCGCCGACGCCGGCACCUACCGCUGCCUGGUCACCAACCGCGUGGGCUCCGCCGAGGCCUUCGCCCGCGUGGCCGUCCACGGUGGCGCUGCUGAAGGUGUGGACAUCGGCGGUGGUCCCUUGGCGGUGCGGGUGACCCCGGGGAGCCUCGUCAAGGGCGUGGGCGGCACCGCCGAGUUCGCCUGCGCCGUGUCCGGGGACCCCCGGGUGCGUGUGGAGUGGCUGAAGGAGGGCGGGGAGCUGCCCCCCACCCACAGCGUGCGGGACGGGGUGCUGCGGAUCCCGGAGCUGGCGUGGGGGGCACAGGGGGUGUACGUGUGCCGGGCCAGCGCCCCGGGCGGGCAGGCGGAGGACAGGGCCACCCUCACCAUCCAGGCUCUCCCCAGGGCCCUGAUCAACAUCCGGACGGCCGUGCAGACGGUGCUGGUGGGGACGACAGUGGAGCUGGAGUGCCUGGGCUUGGGUGAACCGCGUCCCCACGUCACCUGGAGCAAAGUGGGGGGCCGCAUCCGGCCCGGGGUGCUGGUCCGCGCUGGCACCCUCACCAUCGAGCGGGUGGAGCGGGCGGACGCGGGGCAGUACCGCUGCACCGCCACCAACGCCGUGGGCACCGUCCAGUCCCACGUCAUCCUGCACGUGCAAGCCGCCCCCCAGAUCGUGGGGCAGCCAGAGGUGAAGGAGGUGUCCGUGGGAUCGGCGGCCGUUCUGCCGUGCCUGGCGUCCGGCUUCCCGGUGCCAGAGAUCACCUGGAGCAAGCUGGAGGGAGAGCUGCCGGCGGGUGCCAGGGUGGAGGGGAACGUGCUGACGCUGCCGGCCGUGCACCCCGAGGACGGCGGGGUCUACACCUGCACCGCCGGCAACCACCGCGGCCAGGAGACGGCCUACUACGUGCUCAAGGUCCAGGAGCACCUGGUUCCCUAUUUCGGGCAGUCGCCCCAGUCCUUCCUCCCCCUGCCCACCAUCAAGGACGCCUACAAGAGGUUUGAGAUCCUCAUCAGCUUCCGGCCUGAUGCUGCUGAUGGGCUUCUCCUCUACAACGGGCAGCGGAAAAACAGCGGCGCCGACUUCAUCUCCUUCGGGCUGGUGGGCGGCCGCCCCGAGUUCAGGUUUGAUGCCGGUUCGGGCAUGGCCACCAUCCGUCACCCCACGGCGCUGCGGCUGGGCCAGUACCACACCGUGCGGCUGCUCCGCAACCUCACCUGGGGCUCGCUGGCACUGGACGGGCACCCCCCCGUUAAUGGCACCUCCCAGGGGAAGUUCCAAGGGCUGGAUCUGAACGAGGAGCUGUUCCUGGGCGGGUACCCCGACAUCGGUGCCGUGGCCAAGACGGGGCUCAGCCGCGGCUUCAUGGGCUGCGUGCGCCAGCUCCGCAUCCAAGGGGAGGACGUGGCCUUUGGGGACAUGGACCUGCAGGCGCACGGUGUCACCAACUGUCCCACCUGCCAGGACCGGCCGUGCCAGAACGGCGGCGUGUGCCAGGACGACGAGAGUGGCACCUACAUGUGCCGCUGUCCCCACGGCUUCACCGGCAGCAACUGCGAGUACUCGCAGGCUCUGCACUGUCACCCAGAGGCCUGUGGGCCCGAUGCCACCUGUGUCAACCGGCCGGACGGGCAGGGCUACACCUGCCGCUGCCACCUGGGCAAGAGCGGGGACAGGUGCACUGAGGGGGAGGCGGUGAACAUGCCGUCCUUCGAGGAGGACGGAGCCUUCGUGUCGUACCCGCCCCUCACCAACGUGCACCACGAGCUGCGCGUGGACGCCGAGUUCCUGCCGCUGGCACCCGACGGGCUCCUGCUCUUCAGCGCCGGCAAAGCCGCCCCCGUCGAGGACUUCGUGGCCUUGGCCAUGGUCGGAGGCCACCUCGAGUUCCGCUACGAGCUGGGCUCAGGCCCGGCGGUGCUGCGGAGCGCGGCCCCGGUGGCACUGGGACAGUGGCACUGGGUGACGGCCGAGCGGCUGAACAAGGACGGGACCCUCGUGGUGGACGACGCGGCCCCUGUGAAACGCUCCUCGCCCGGCAAGAGCCAGGGGCUGAACCUGCGCAGCCCCCUGUACCUGGGGGGCACCGAGCCCCCCCUGCGGCCCCCCACCAACGCCUCCUUCCGCGGCUGCAUCGGAGAGCGAGCAACCCCCCGCCCCUCGUGCCCAAGCCCCGCCCCCAGCGCGCACGAGCCCGUCCGAGGGAUGCUCAAGCCCCGCCCCCGGGGUGCCCAAGCCCCGCCCCCAGCAGCACCAGCCCCGCCCCCGGCGGCUCUCGCGGCGCGGCUCGGCAACGUCAGCGCCUCGCGCGCGUCGCGCUCGUGUCGUCAGCGGCCCUGA